AUGGGCACAAGCUUCCACAGAAUAUCGCCUCUCGCCAGCGCAUCCCUCCAUCUAACCACCAGACGAACCUAUGCCGUUCACUCCUCAGGCGCACCGAGAUUUCAAGUAUUUAACCGGCGAGCAAAAUGGAUGCAAAAGGAGCGCGCUGCUUCCAAAGCUGACGAGAGUCGGCAAGCAGACUACCUCAAAGACGAGGUUGCCAUCCGCGUAACGGAACGACUCCUGGACAUCAACCGACACUUUUCCAAAGUUCUAGACCUAGGCGCCAACUCUUGCAACCUGGCUAGAGCGCUCGUCCGCGAGAACCCCGAUCCCGAUCCAGCCACGCCCGAAUCACAGCCUCUCGCAACACGUAUAUCCGAACUAAUUGCUGCCGACUCAUCAGAAACGCUACUUUACCGUGACUCGGAUCAUGACUUCAACAAGAAGCUCAACAUCACGCGGCAGGUCCUGGACGACGAGGAGAGCAUCCCGUUUGGGCCAGAAUCCUUCGACAUGGUCAUGAGCUCGCUCAGCAUGCACUGGAUCAACGACCUGCCCGGAAUUCUGUCCCAGAUAAACAGCAUAUUAAAACCGGACGCUCCGUUCAUCGGUGCCAUGCUCGGCGGAGACACGCUCUUUGAGCUGCGCACGUCUCUGCAGCUCGCUGAUUUGGAACGGAGGGGCGGUUUGUCGCCGCACGUAUCGCCGUUGGCAGACGUUCGAGACGUGGGCGGGCUACUGCAAAAGGCGGGUUUCAAAAUGUUAACUGUGGACGUGGACGACAUCAUUGUCGAUUACCCCGACACGUUUGCGCUGAUGCAGGAUCUCCAGGCCAUGGGGGAGAAUAACGCCAUCCUGGGACGAGAGAUGGGUCCCAUUCGUAGAGACGUCCUCCUUGCCAAUGAGGCUAUUUAUAGAGAAUUGCACGGAAAUCCGGAUGGUUCUAUCCCCGCCACGUUUAGAAUCAUCUACAUGAUUGGGUGGAAGGAGGGUGAGAAUCAGCCGAAGCCGCUGGCCAGAGGCAGUGGUGAGGUCAACCUGAAGGAUAUCCUGGAGAAGAAGUGA